AUGUCAAAGACUGUAUUAAUUGUGUUGAUUGUAGGAUCAGUGUUUGUUUCUUGUGAAGAUAUUUUCUUGGGAGAGAAUCAUGAAGCAGAUUUCAUUGAGCUGAAGCCUACUGAUGAGAUGUUCUACUGGUUGAUGAGGUCUAGAAAUGAUCCGGCCAAGGAUCCUCUCGUAUUGUGGCUCACUGGUGGACCUGGAUGUGGAAGUCAGAUGUCUAUUUUCUAUGAGAAUGGACCAUGGCAUGUAAACGACGAUCUUACUUUAAGGAAAAAUGAAUACUCUUGGAAUGAAGUUGCGAAUGUCUUAUAUGUUGAUCAACCUCUCGGAAGUGGAUUUAGCUCUACUCAAAAGCCAGAGCACAGGGCUAGAGAUCAAGAUGAUGUAAAUGAAGCUCUUUAUUUGUUCUUGGUUAAAUUCAUUGAAAAAUAUCCAGAAUUCAAAGGAAGAAACUUCUAUAUCACAGGAGAAAGCUAUGCUGGACAUUAUGUACCUGGAAUUACUGCUUACAUUAUCUCUCAGAAUAAUCCUGAUAUGAACCUUAUUUCCUCAGCAAUCGGAAAUGGAUGGGUAAACCCAAGGACACAGUACCCAUUCUAUAGAAACUACGCUGUAGAGCACGAACUCGUCAGCAUCCCUCUAAACGUGCUGCUCUAUGCCGGUUUCUACGGAUGCAAAUUAGCUAUAGAUUCUGGAUAUAAGGUAUUUGCUUAUAAGACUUGUGAAUACUUAAUGAAGACUAUCACCGGCAGUCCUAAUGAGUUCAAUGUUUAUGACAUCACUAAGCCUUGCGAAGGAUUUGCUUGCUACGACUUCUCCAACUUUGUCAACUUCCUUGAGAGAAAAGACGUCAGAGGGAUCAUCAAUGUUGGUGAUAAACCCUUCAAUAUGUGCAGUGGAGAGGUCUUUAAAGAGAUGAGUGGAGACCAAGUCAAUGACUUCCAACCUGAUGUUAAGUACGCACUCGAUAAUGGCGUUGGAGUGCUAGUCUAUAAUGGAGAUAAUGACUUUAUCUGUAAUUGGAGAGGUAGCGAAGCGUGGGUAGAUGAAGUAUUCUGGGAACAUCAGAACACAUUCAGAUCUGCCCCUUACCAAAAAUGGGUCGUUGAUGGAGAAGCUGCAGGAGAAUACAAAAAAGUCAAAGAUCUAACCUUCAUUAGAGUCUAUAAUGCCGGACACAUGGUCCCCAUGGAUCAGCCAAAGAGAGCUCUUGAGAUGCUCAAGGACUUCAUUGCCAGGGAUUUCUUUUAUCAAGAUAGAGCCACAGAUUAAUAAUACGUAGAUUUAAAACCUAAUUUAGAAA